AUGAGCAGCAUCGCUGGGAAAAUGCAGGUUCUACUCCUUUGGUUGGUCUUCCUCUUGCCUCCUGAAGCUGGAGCUGUGAAGAUUAUCAGUGGCAUUGAGUCCAAGCCACACUCCCGUCCCUACAUGGCCUAUCUGAAAAUCACCACGGACCAGGGUCAUGUUGGUAACUGUGGUGGAUUUCUCAUAAGUCAAGAAUUUGUGGUGACAGCUGCUCAUUGUAAAGGAAGAAAAAUUACUGUCAUUCUCGGAGCUCAUGACAUAAAACAAGAAGAAUCCACAUGGCAGAAGCUAGAAGUCAAAGAACAAUUUGUUCAUCCGAAAUACAACUAUUUUACUAAUGUCAAUGACAUCAUGUUACUCAAGCUACAAACGAAGGCCAAGCUGAACCAUGCCGUGGGGACAGUCCCCCUGCCCAACAAGUCUACCUUUAUUCAACCUGGAAAAGUAUGCCGAGCAACUGGCUGGGGGAGAAUAGGUGUGGAAAAGCCAGCAUCAGAUACUCUGAGAGAGGUGAAGUUGAGACUCAUGAAGGCCAAGGCCUGCAAUCACUUUAUGUUUUACAAUCAUAACUUGCAAAUCUGUGUGGGCAACCCCAGGAAGAAAAGAUCACCAUAUAAGGGUGACUCUGGGGGUCCCCUUCUGUGUGCUGGAGUGGCCCAGGGUAUUGUGUCAUAUGGACAUACAGAUGCAAAGCCUCCUGGUGUCUUCACUCGAAUCUCCCCCUAUGUGCACUGGAUUAAUAAAAUCUUAAGGCGCAAGUAG